AUGGAUGAUGAUCGACUCAGUGAGUUACCUAACUCAUUAAUCCUCUCCAUUCUGUCGUUGUUGGAUAUGAGAGAUAUGGUUACGACAACCUUUCUCUCUAACCAAUGGAAAAAUCGAUGGACCACUGUCCCCUGCCUUCACUUUCGCUCUCGCUUUCCUUUCUCCCGUGAUUUAUUGGUUGAAUCUUCAAACUUCAUUUCUGGGGCUCUUGCACAAUGGAAAGGUGCCAAGAUUCUGGAGCUUACCAUAUUCUUCUCCUCUGAUGAUCCUUUGAUCCCAUCUUCUGAUAUUGAUUCGUGGCUGCUUUUUGCGACCGAGAAACAAGUGGAAAAGCUAACUUUUGGUUUCGUAUUUAAAAUGCAUGGUGCAUACUUCGUUCCACAGUGUUUGUAUUCAUGCUCAUCGAUCAAAGAACUAACACUGCGCACUUGUUCGUUGAAAAUCGAGACGAAUGUGCAGUGGAAUAAACUCAAGAGUUUAAACAUUAGGAAAUCGGAGGGCUUGAGUGGUGAUGCCAUGAGCCAAGUUCUGGUGGGUGCUCCUCUGUUGGAAGAGUUGGUUUUGUGGAGUUUUGAAAUUAGUGAAAACUUCAAUAUCCGAUCUACUAGCUUGAAGAUUCUCGAGAUCAACGGGUGUGAUGUAAAGGCUGAGGCAGAGCUGAGAAUUUGGGCUCCUAAUCUAUGGAGUUUAGUAAUUUCAGCUUCUGUGUGUGGUAGUUAUUUGCUAUAUGUCCCUUCUUUGACUGCUGCAACUCUUUCUUUUAAAAAGUUGUUUACUCUUGAAAUGUUCCAACAAGUUUUUCGAAGCAUCCGCCAUGUUGAGGAAGUCUCGUUGUCAGAUUGGAGCGUUCAGUUUCUUGUUGAGAUGAAGGAGAACGACAUGCCUCUUCAAUUCCCGAAUGCUGAGUUUCUAAGACUAUGUGAUUUUAAAGAUCACCAGCUGCUUGAUGUUCUUGAGAUGUUUCCUAAGCUGAAGACGUUAGUUGUUUAUGAGGAUGGUUAUUUGUAUAACUCGGUGGCGUCUGAGAUGAUUUCCUGUAGUCCCUCUCUGCUACAUCUACAGACAGUUGAGAUUAUAUAUACAAGCUAUCCCUCCUCAAUAUCUUCAAUGGUAAAAUUUCUGUUGGAAAACGCUCACGUGCUUCAAAAGAUGGUGCUUAAACCCUACCUGCGCCUUAAAAAUAAUCAAGAGGCUUUUAUUUUGGCUUUAAAGGAGCUCCUGGGAAUGCGGAGAUCUUCUCCUCAUGCAAAGCUGAUUAUAAACGAGUCUUUAAUGAUUGCUGCCAUACCUAACAUCAUUGGUUGGCUUUGCAUCUUACCUGGUGUUUCGCUCGCGAGGUUUGACAAUUGGGGCAUCGUAGUCAGGGAUGUUGAGCCAGAGUCCAUGGGAGACGGCAGUAGGCGCUCCUUCCUUCAGGCUGAAGGGGUAGCCACGGACGAAGUCGUCACCUUCUCUGUAGGGAUCAUACAAUGUGUUGAAGAAGAAUGGUGUGGCUGGACUCAGCAAAUUGUUGAUCUCUUGUCCAGUUGGAUUAUUAGAUCCAAUUGGCCACGAAGCAAUCGUCGUCAAUGGUUGUAUUGA